AUGACAGUUGUAGACUUAGGUUUUGCGCCGGGUUCUUGGUCUCAAGUCGCUAUACAAGCAACGCGCCCCAAUGGUAGGGUAGUAGGUGUAGACAUUUUACCUUGUCGGCCCCCAAGAGGAAUGUCAUCUAUUCAAGGCAAUUUUUUAAGUAAAGCAGUUCAGGAUGAACUCAAGAUAAUGCUUUCGGACCCCAAAUCGGGUCGACCUAUUUUAGGGAAACACGCUUUCUUAGACGAACAAAAAAACAAAGAAAGUGUCGAUGAAAUUCCAGAAAAUGACUCAUAUGUCAACUUAGAAAGAGCUAUUACGACAGAUCAUAACAAUAACACGAAAAUAAAAGAUCUCGGUUCGAGUGUACAGAAUCACCAUUUUUCUGUAGAUAUUGUGUUAAGUGACAUGUGCGAAAUUUGGCCCCAGACAUCUGGAUUUUGGUUACGGACUAUUAACGACCCAUAUAUUAGGAUGAUGAACACCUCCGGAAAUUCGCUUCGCGACCACGCAUAUUCUAUAGAUUUGUGUGAUGCGGCUCUUAUGUUCGCGCUCGAUACACUAAAGCAAAACGGUAAAUUCGUUUGCAAGUUUUAUACAGGGGCUGAAGAUCGAUUUUUAGAGAAUAGGCUUAAGCGUGCAUUUAAAUCUGUUAAAAGAGAAAAACCAAAUGCUACUCGAUCAGAAUCACGAGAAAUGUACUUUGUCGCUACUGGAAGAAAUAUACAGGUCACUAGACAAUCCGUUUUUGGUUUAAGCAAGGGUGAAAAAUGA